UCACUCCAAGUAAUGUACAUUUCGCCAAUUUUUUAUUUUAUUUAGUUUAAUAAAAUGAUUUGUAAUCCUAUAUGCAAAGCUAUUUUACGAAGUGUUGACAAAAAUCAACUGCAAUUUUAGUAUAUAAAAGUAAAGAGCUAUUCCGAGACUCUUUUACAGUAAUUUCCUUAGCCUUCGGCAUUUGCUUAGUACUGGUACUGUUCGUGGUGAUGCUGGUCGGCACCACCGGUAAUCCCGUCGGCAAUGCUGUGCUUAAUUUUGAGAUAGCCAAUCAACCGUUAACUUUGUUUGAUGUCGACGCACAGCAAGGACAUGAGAAUGAAGGCGAUCGCUUGGCGCGGGGCUACAGUGGCUACCGUUGUGGUUAUGGUGGUUAUCGUGGCGGUUAUGGUGGAUAUCGCGGCGGUUAUGGUGGAUAUCGCGGCGGAUAUGGUGGAUAUGGCGGUCGUCAUAGUGUUCAUUAUGGUUAAA